CUCCUCCCUCCUCCGUGUUUGUAAACUUCCUGGGGAAGCAGCCGUUGUUGCUAGCUUUGUAGCUAGCCUGUUGGUGAUUAUAGCAAUGGACUAAAUCACCAAAUAACACUCCAGAAAAUGACAACAUAAUUUUGUAAUUUAAGUAACUCGUCGCCAUAUACCAGCGCGCCAGUUGGGCUUUAAAUAUUGUGUGUUGACAAGUUAGUGGCAGCGAGGAGCUAACGGCGUUAGCUGGCGAACGUUAGCAACAACUUCGUAAUUUCUGGCAGAAAUCAUGAUGGCGUCUAGUUACAACGCCAAAGACGAGGAUGGGCAUAUCACAGUGUCCGGGCCUGGUGGUGGGUCUCUGCGGAGCAAGAAGCCCGAAAACACUGCGUUCAAACAGCAGAGACUGCCCGCUUGGCAGCCCAUCCUCACCGCAGGCACCGUGCUACCAGCCUUCUUCAUCAUCGGACUCAUCUUCAUCCCUAUUGGCAUCGGCCUGUAUGUGACGUCCAACAACAUCAAGGAGUUUGAGGUGGAUUACACAGGAGUGGACAAGUCCAGUCCCUGCUUCAACUGCGCCGAGAACUUCAGCUGGAACAGCACACGGCCCUGCACCUGCACAAUACCUUUCUACCUGGAGCAGCCAUAUGAGAGCAAUGUCUACAUGUAUUAUGGCCUCUCCAACUUCUACCAAAAUCACCGUCGCUACGUCAAGUCAAGAGAUGACAGCCAGCUGAAUGGAGACAUGGAAUCCCUUGUGAAACCCAGUAAGGAGUGUGAGCCAUAUGCUUUUCAUGAAAACAAGCCAAUUGCACCAUGCGGGGCCAUUGCCAACAGCAUGUUCAAUGACACAUUGGAGUUGUUUUACAACGACCCCAACGGCACAAAGAUACAGAUUCCUCUGAACACUACAGGUAUUGCCUGGUGGACCGACAAGCAUGUGAAGUUCGGGAACCCUGGAGGCGGCAACUCAAACCUCACAGCCGUUUUUCAAGGAACAACGAAGCCGGUGAACUGGCGCAGGCCCGUCUACGAACUGGACGCAAAUCCAGAUAAUAACGGCUUCAUCAAUGAGGACUUUAUCGUGUGGAUGAGAACCGCCGCCCUGCCAACCUUCCGUAAACUCUACCGCAUCAUCAACAAGAAAAACAACAUGGUUCCAACUCUGCCCCGAGGAAACUACACUCUGGAGGUCGUCUACAAUUAUCCCGUGCACAGCUUUGAGGGUAGGAAGCGGAUGAUCCUGAGCACCAUCUCCUGGAUGGGGGGCAAGAACCCGUUCCUAGGCAUCGCGUACAUCACCGUAGGCUCUGUCUGCUUCUUCCUGGGCGUCGUCCUGCUGAUCAUCCACCACAAAUGCGGCAACCGCAACAACAGCGCUGACAUUUCUAACUGAGGCUGCGGCUGCCCUCCAGCUCACCUCUGCUGCAGUGAACAGUGAUCAUCUGUCAGGGUAAACUUUCAUCCAGAGGCCCGACCAGUAGAUAAAUUUAAAAAAGCAGCCACACGUGGGUUUGAGGGUCUAAAAUCACUUGUCUGGGGCUGAGUGUUUGCCAAAGUAAAUGGAAAAAAGCCAAAAAUGUGCAGCCACAGUCAGUGACAAUCAGCCUUUGACAGAUUUUCCAUCUUGAUACCGUGAGCAAGCAUGUGUCAGACUGAUUUGCUUCAUGAUCGACUUGCUUAAGAAUAAAAAUGUACUCAGAGUUCUUAAUCGGGUCUUGAAAAGUAAGUAGGUUUUAAUAAAGUGCAUUUGGGAAUUCAACAAAACCUGGGACACAGAAGCCAUGUCCUCCGUAUUGUGUCUGUAAAUUUGGGGGCUUUAACAACCUGAGGAGGAGUUUACAUUCUACAGCUACACAUAAAUAAAAAACACAUGGUGGUUUUUAAAAAAAGUGCAUUAAAAUUCUAUCUUAAUACAACGUUUUUUUGCCAUAUGUACAUUUAAGGAAUAAUUGGUCACUACACUGUAAAAAAUCAGGGUAAAUAUUCUCUGGUUCCAGCUUCUAAAAUGGGAAGGUUUGCUGUUUUUACUUGUCUUCAAUUAUAAAAAAUUGGAAUUUGGAUUCUUCAGACCAUACAAGGUGUUUGGAGACGUCAGUUUUUGACUUUGGGAAGUUAUUAUGGACUUUUUUUUUUUUUUUUACUUUA